AUGUCGGCAUCGCAAUCCCUCGGAGGUCCUUCACGGUGCGGCCGAGUGCUCGGUCCAUCACUCGACAAGAUCAUAAAGAACGCCGCGUGGCGCAAGCAUUCUCACCUUGUCGCGGCCUGCAAAUCAACCCUUGACAAGCUCGAAUCGGUGUCUGAGUCCGAAUCCGAAUCGACCACUUCAGGCACCAAUCAAUCCCAAUCUCCUCUUUCAGGCCUUCCCUCCACAGAUGCCGAACAUGUCCUUCAACCUCUCAUUCUUGCGCUUGACUCCGCCUACCCCAAGGUUGUGGACCCUGCUCUUGAAUGCACCUUUAAGCUGUUCUCUCUCGGCCUCCUCCACGGUGAGAUUGAUAGUUCAGCUGCUUCACAGUCCGGCGUGGUCUUCAACAUCAUUGAUGCCAUCUGCAAGUCCGGCGGCCUUGGUGAGGAGGCCAUUGAGCUUGGGGUGCUCAGAGUCUUGCUUUCGGCCGUUCGAUCCCCUUGCACUUUGAUCCGGGCCGAUUGCCUGAUUCAGAUUGUGAGAACUUGCUAUAACGUGUACCUCGGGGGUGUCAACGGCACCAAUCAGAUCUGUGCUAAGUCAGUUCUUGCCCAGAUCAUGACCAUUGUCUUUGCAAGAGUCGAGGAAGACUGCAUGGAUAUCCCCCUCAAAAAGGUAUCUGUUAGUGACUUGUUGGAAUUUACUGAUAAGAAUCUGAACGAGGGCAACUCCAUUCAAUUCUGCCAAAAUUUUAUAACCGAGGUAAUGGAGGCUGGUGAAGGUGCUACUCUCAAGCCAUGUUCUAUGCCACCUCCACACGAAUCGUCCAAAGCUGCCGAUGAAACAAGCACCAACAAUUCCCAUAUCGAAGCAGGACCUGGGGAAAGUAAAAUAAGGGAGGAUGGUUUUCUUCUUUUCAAAAAUUUGUGCAAACUGUCCAUGAAAUUCUCAUCUCAGCAGCACCCUGACGAUCGUAUCCUCUUGAGAGGGAAAAUUUUGUCCUUGGAACUCCUUAAGGUAGUCAUGGAUAAUGGCAGCUCAAUGUGGCGCGAGAAUGAGAGGUUUCUAAAUGCUAUCAAGCAGUAUCUUUGCCUGUCAUUAUUAAAGAACAGUGCCCUCUCAGCUAUGGCCAUUUUCCAGCUUCAGUGUGCAAUUUUCAUGAACUUGUUAUCUAAAUUCAGAUCAGGAUUGAAAAAGGAAAUUGGCAUGUUUUUUCCGAUGCUUAUUCUCCGGGUUCUUGAGAAUGUCCUUCAGCCCAGUUUUUUGCAGAAAAUGACUGUCCUCAACUUGUUGGACAAAAUCUCCCAAGAUCCUCAAAUUAUAAUUGACAUUUUUGUCAAUUAUGAUUGUGACGUGGAUGCUUCAAACAUAUUUGAAAGGAUUGUCAAUGGCCUUCUUAAAACUGCAUUGGGGCCACCCACAGGCUCAACCACAGCUUUGUCUCCAGCGCAGGAUAUAACUUUCCGACAUGAAUCUGUGAAAUGCUUGGUCAGCAUCACUAAGUCAAUGGGGGCUUGGAUGGACCAGCAAACAAGGAUAGGAGAUUUAUAUCUACCAAAAAUCUCUGAGUGCAAUGGAACACCAGAGCAUCAUCUACCACUAAAUGGUGAAGAAGGGAAUGCUUCUGACCAUGAGCUACAUCCUGAUGUAAAUUCCGAAUUUUCAGAUGCUGCUGCACUAGAGCAGCGCCGGGCAUAUAAAAUUGAACUUCAGAAAGGUAUAUCACUUUUUAAUAGAAAACCUUCCAAGGGUAUUGAAUUUUUGACAAGCAACAAAAAGAUUGGUCGCUCACCUGAAGAAGUGGCUUUUUUCCUGAAGAAUACUGCUGGCCUUGAUGAGACCAAGAUUGGGGACUAUUUGGGAGAAAGAGAGGAGUUUUGUCUAAAAGUAAUGCAUGCUUAUGUAGAUUCUUUUAACUUCAAUGGGAUGGAUUUUGGUGAAGCUAUACGGUUUUUCCUUAGGGGCUUCAGACUUCCCGGUGAGGCACAGAAAAUUGAUCGCAUCAUGGAGAAGUUUGCCGAGCGCUAUUGUAAAUGCAGCCCUAGUUCGUUUAGCAGUGCAGAUACUGCUUACGUUCUUGCUUACUCUGUGAUAAUGCUUAACACAGAUGCUCAUAAUAAUAUGGUGAAAGAUAAGAUGACAAAGGCUGAUUUUAUCCGAAAUAAUCGAGGAAUAGAUGAUGGAAAAGAUUUACCAGAAGAAUAUCUUGGUUCCCUUUACGAACAAAUUGUUAAGAACGAAAUCAAAAUGAAUGCUGAUUCCUCUGCACCUCAGAGUAAACAGGCAAAUAGCUUCAAUAGAUUGUUGGGACUGGAUGGUAUUCUCAAUCUUGUAAACUGGAAACAGAAUGAGGAAAAAGCAGUGGGUGCAAAUGGGCUUCUCAUUCGGCACAUACAAGAGCAGUUUAAAUCAAAUUCAGGAAAAUCAGAAUCAGCUUAUCAUGUUGUCACGGAUGUUGCCAUCUUGAGGUUUAUGGUGGAAGUCUGUUGGGGGCCUAUGCUGGCUGCAUUUAGUGUAACACUUGACCAGAGUGAUGACAAGCUAGCUACUACUCAAUGCUUACAGGGAUUCCGACAUGCUGUGCAUAUUACUGCCAUGAUGGGAAUGCAGACUCAAAGAGAUGCCUUUGUUACAUCAGUUGCUAAAUUUACUUAUCUGCACUGUGCUGCAGAUAUGAAACAGAAAAAUGUUGAUGCUGUCAAGGCAAUAAUAUCAAUUGCCAUUGAAGAUGGGGAUUAUCUGCAUGAAGCAUGGGAACACAUAUUAACUUGCCUCUCCCGAGUUGAGCAUUUGCAAUUGUUAGGUGAGGGUGCCCAUAGUGAUGCAACCUUCUUCACUUCAUCUAAUUUUGAAACAGAAGAAAAAGCUCCGAAGACAUUAGGUUUCUCUUCUUUUAAGAAAGGAACUCUCCAGAAUCCGGCCAUGGUUGCUGUUGUUCGUGGUAGUUCAUAUGACAGCACAAGUGUUGGAGUCAGUGCUUCUGCACUGGUAACACCAGAACAGAUUCAAAAUUUCAUUUCAAACUUGAAUCUGCUGGACCAGAUUGGCAACUUUGAAUUGAAUCAUGUGUUUGCUCAUAGUCAACGGUUGAAUGGUGAAGCAAUAGUGGCCUUUGUGAAAGCUCUUUGUAAAGUUUCCUUAUCAGAACUACAGUCUCCAACAGAUCCCCGUGUUUUUGGCCUCACUAAAAUAGUAGAAAUUGCGCACUAUAAUAUGAACCGCAUCAGAUUAGUGUGGUCUCGCAUUUGGAAUGUGCUCUCAGAUUUCUUUGUCUCAGUUGGAUUGUCUGACAACUUAUCAGUUGCAAUAUUUGCGAUGGACUCGCUGCGACAACUAGCAAUGAAAUUUUUGGAGCGCGAGGAACUGGCUAAUUAUAACUUCCAGAAUGAAUUUCUGAGACCUUUUGUGAUUGUCAUGCAGAAAAGCAAUUCUGCAGAAAUUAGAGAAUUGAUAGUUAGAUGUAUUUCACAGAUGGUCCUUAGUCGUGUCAGUAACGUGAAAUCUGGCUGGAAAAGUGUUUUUAUGGUUUUUACAGCUGCUGCAGCAGAUGAGCAGAAGAAUAUUGUAUUGUUAGCAUUUGAGACAAUGGAGAAAAUAGUGCGAGAAUUUUUCCCUUAUAUCACUGAGACAGAAACAACGACUUUCACCGAUUGUGUACGAUGCCUUUUGACAUUUACAAAUAGCCGAUUCAAUAGUGAUGUUAGCCUCAAUGCAAUUGCUUUUCUUCGUUUCUGUGCCGUCAGACUUGCUGAUGGAGGACUUGUUUGCAAUAAGACGGGGAGUGUUGAUGGCACGGUAGUUGUAGUUGCAAAUUGUGUUUCAGAUGUGCAAGGUUUAACUGAUAAAGAUGAUCAUGCAUCUUUUUGGAAUCCUUUGCUAUCAGGGCUGUCAAAACUAACAUCGGAUCCAAGAUCAGCUAUCAGAAAGAGUUCAUUGGAGGUGCUUUUUAACAUUCUGAAGGAUCAUGGUCAUUUAUUCUCACGCACAUUUUGGAAUAGCAUUUUCUACUCUGUUAUUUUCCCUGUAUAUAAUUCAGCAUCAGGAAAGAGAGAUGUAAGUCUACAAGAGAGUAGUUGUUCAGAUUCUUCAGCGUCUAUACAUCCUGAAGGAAGCACAUGGGAUUCUGAGACUUCUUCAGUAGCUGCAGAAUGUUUAAUAGAUUUAUUUGUCACCUUUUUCGAUAUUGUGAGGUCUCAGCUACCAGGUGUGGUUUCAGUACUUACUGGGUUCAUUAGAAGUCCUGUUCAGGGUCCAGCUAGUACUGGAGUUGCUGGACUAAUGCGCCUCACUAGUGACCUGGGUAGCAGAUUUUCGGAAGAAGAGUGGAAAGAGAUAUUUUUAUGUUUGAAAGAUGCAGCUAUAUCAGCAGUGCCUGGAUUCAUGAAGGUCUUGAGAACCAUGGAUAAUAUUGGGGUGCCCAAUAUUUCACGAACCUAUGCUGACAUGGAGUGGUCUUCUGAUCAUGAACUGACAAAUGAUGAGUUUGGUGAUGACAAUCUGCAAACAGCCACCUAUGUCGUGUCAAGAAUGAAGAAUCAUAUUGCUAUGCAGCUACUUAUUUUACAGGUUGCAACUGAUCUCUAUAAGAUGCACCACCAGUCCUUAUCAGCAGCCAGCAUUGAAGUCCUCAUUGCAUUGUAUUCUUCUGUCGCUUUGCAUGCACGCCAGUUGAACAGUGAGUCCUUCCUGAAUCACCUAACCUUUCUUCAAAACGUACUAGUUGAUGAUUAUUUUACGCAUGCUGAGAUAGACAUAGAAACGGAGCUUGUUGCAGUGUGUGAGAAUGUAUUGGGCAUAUACCUAAAGUGUGCUGAGUCAGUUACCCAUCCAGGGACAGUGCCAGUGCCACAUCGAAAACUUCCUCUGAGCUCAGCAAAGAAGGAGGAAAUAGCUGCUAGGACAUCCCUAGUCGUCUCCGCAUUGCAAGGGUUGGAGGGUCUGAAAAAGGAUUCAUUCAGGAGAUAUAUUCCCCGGUUCUUUCACUUAUUGGUAGAUCUUGUGAGGAGUGAGCACUCCUCUGGAGAAGUUCAGUUUGCCCUCAGUAAUAUAUUCCGUUCGUCUGUGGGUCCAUUUAUAAUGGAAUGAGUUUAUAGUAUGUAGUCUUGCAAUAUAUUGUAUUAGAGACACCACUUCAUAUCAGUCAGCAUUUUCCCAUAGCUGAAGCACGAGCUAUUGCAUAGCCAUAUAUAUUUUAAUUUACUUGGCGUGCUGUCAUACUCCUUUUUUGUGAUUGUAUGUGCCAUAAUGUAAAUGAUAAAUUUAUUUUGCAGUUUUCGAAUCCCC